GAGAAUUUUUCUUUUGGGUCUUCUGGUUUUUCAGAUUCUCUUGCAUUUCCUCUUUACCUACGAAUACGGUAGCAGCAGACAUGUCGGACAGGCACACCAUUAUCUUGAUGCAAACUUCACAGAGCAGGGCAACGAGGACAUUUAUGGAUUAUGAUUCCAUAAGUCAAGCUAUGUAUGGGAUAUGUGGACUAUAUGAAAGGAAGCUUAAGGAUCUAAAUCCAGCUACAGGGAACAUCACUUACGACGAUGCUGAUCUUUACAAUUUUAUCAAUGGCCUUGCAGAUAUGAGUGCCCUCGUCUAUGAUCACAGGAUUCAAGCUUUUCUGCCUUAUGACAGGCAAUGGAUUAAACAGAAACUAUUUCAACACCUUAAGAAGUUGGCACAUUAACUAAAUCCUUUCUCACUAAAACUGGUUUUCAAUAGAAAGAGAAUGUGCAUCUGCAGAAAACCUCGUAUCUGAUAAUCGUGUUCUUAUUAUACCUCCUAACGUGUUGCGCACGUCUUUUCGACAACCGUUGCAGCUUUCUCCGGAGUUUCAGAUGAAUAGCACAGGUUUUGCGUGGUCAAUGUUGUACUCUAAUCAAAGUUGAUGUUAUUUUUGUCUAGGAAGCUUGACCUUU